GGAGACGGCGUUGCCCGGCGACGGGCCGGAGCGCUGCUGGCCAUGAGCUCCCGCCCGGUGCAGGGGCUGCCGCUGCUGCCCGGCUUCAGCUUCCGCGACCCCACGAAAACUUCUUUCCAUCGCUCCCAGACUCUGGGCUACAGGAAUGGUUAUGCCUAUUCCCGACACCCCACCGUAGGGAUAGGCGGGGAGCGACUCUAUGUGAACCAGCUGUCGCAGGCAGAAUUGGAUGAGCUGGCCAACAAGAGACCCACACUGACCUAUGGCAAAGCCAAGCAGGCUCCACCUUCUGACUUCGUUCCAGCUCACGUGGCUUUCGACAAAAAGGUGCUGAAGUUCGAUGCUUAUUUCCAGGAAGAUGUCCCUAUAUCCGCAGAAGAGCAUUACCGGAUUCGCCAAGUGGCUAUUUAUUACUUCCUGGAAGAUGACAGCAUGUCUGUCAUGGAGCCCAUCGUGGAGAACUCAGGCAUCCCCCAAGGCAAGUUCAUCAAACGCCAGCGAAUUCCCAAGAAUGACUGCGGGGACCAUUAUCACUGGAAGGACCUGAAUCGGGGCAUGAACAUCACCCUGUAUGGCAGGACUUUCCGAAUAGUUGACUGCGACCCAUUCACACAGGUGUUCCUGGAGAGCCAAGGAAUUGAACUGAACCCUCCGGAGAAGAUGAUUUUUGACCCUUACACAGAACUCCGCAAGAUGCCUCUGCGCAAGUACGUCACGCCGUCUGACUUCGACCAGCUCAAACAGUUUCUCACCUACGACAAGCAGGUCCUUCGUUUCUAUGCCAUAUGGGAGAAUGCCAACAGCAUGUGUGAUGAGAAGCGGUCUUUCAUCAUCCAUUACUACUUGGCAGACGACACGGUGGAGGUUCGGGAAAUCCAUGAGAAGAAUGAUGGCAGGGAUCCCUUCCCAGUGCUGAUGAAACGCCAGCACCUGCCCAAAACCCUUGUGGACAAGAAGAAAACCUUCCCCAGCUGCGUGCUGGAGAUCUCUGAUCAAGAGGUGCAAGAGUGGUUCACUGCCAAAGAUUUAGCAGUUGGCAAGUCCGUCACCCUCCUGGGACGUACCUUCUUCAUCUACGACUGUGACAAAUACACACAACGCUUCUAUCAAGAGAGAUUUGGCCUGGACUUCCAGCCAGUGCAUAUAAAGCAGCAACCACCAGAGGAGGUCCCGCAGAUUAUUCCUCCCUACAAUGGCUUUGGCUUCCUGGAAGACUCCCUUCAGAAUUGCUUCUCCCUCCUUCCAACACCCCCCAAGAAAAACAUCAUUAAGAUGCUAGAGAAUGACCACAAAGUGCUGCGGUACCGGGUGACACUGGAGUCUCCAGACCCCAUUGACAGAAAUCGAUGUUUCAUCCUCUCCUAUUUCCUCUCCACGGACAUGAUCAGCAUCUACGAGCCGCCUGUUCGCAAUUCAGGGAUCAUCGGAGGCAAAUACCUCGGGAAGACCAAAGUCCCCAGGCCAGGCAGCACGGUGGAGAAUCCCACCUACUACGAGCCAGCUGACCUCAUCAUCGGGGCCACAGUCGAAGUGUUUGGCCACAGGUUCGUCAUCACCGACGCUGAUGAGUAUGUCCUGAAUUAUGCAGAGAGCAACCCCGAUGUUUUCCCUGCGGCAACACUGCAGUCUUUGCGGGACCACUUCGCCCCUCGCCGAGCAGCAAAGCAGGCCACUGAGAGAGAGUUGUCUGCAACUGGAAGGAACAGGCAGGAGCUGGAGGAGUUAGUUACGCAGGUUCAGGAUCAGAUGAGGCACCAUAACUACCUGAGCAAUGGCAGCCUGCGGGAGGCCUUUCUUCACCAGGACAAGGAUGGCUCUGGGUUCCUGGACAAAGCAGAGUUCCUUGCCCUCUGCACCCGUUUUAACCUGCCGAUCAGCGAUGCUCUGGUGAAUAAGCUGAUCAGCCUCUGUUUGCACGGGGAGGACAAGAUUAGCUACCACGAUUUCAUCAGAGCUUUCUCUUGACAACCAGGAGCAGCAGCACAGCCAGCCAGCCAGGACGUCUCCAGUCAAACUGACCUUUAUUAAAACAUUGUACCUCUUGAACGCUU